AUGAUCUUGCGAUCAAAUUACUAUCCGCUGUGCCCAAAUCCCGACCUUGCUCUUGGGAUGAAUGGCCACACCGAUAGUGGCGGUUUGACAAUCCUGUUUGAAGAUCAAGUUGGCGGACUCCAGGCCAGGAAAGGUGAUCUCUGGUACGACUUGAAGCCUAUAAAGAAUGCAUUCAUUGUGAACAUCGCUGAUCAGCUUGAAAUUUUGAGCAAUGGAAAAUACAAGAGCAUUGAGCACCGAGUCCUUGUCCAGCCUGAUCAAACUCGUCUCUCCAUCGUGGCAUUUUGCAAUCCAUCACGGGAUGCUGUGAUAGGACCCCUGCCAGAACUUAUUGAUGAGCAAAACCCGCCACUCUACAAGUCAACCUUAUACCAAGAGCACAUCACAAAUGUCUACACAAAAUAUUUGGAUGGCAAGCAUUCACAAAAGCUCCAAAUAAACUAAACCAACGAGCUGU